GCGGUCCAGAUUUACGAAGCUCGAGGUUUCGGUGAAGGUCGUCAAGGGCGUCACUGGGGGAGCUGGAGAUGGAGGAGACGAUGGCGGAGACUGGGUACAUAGCGGUGGAGCGCGUGGAGGGGAGGUCGACGGUGACCCGAUGCUUCUGCAAAUACCCUCUCAAGCUUAUCGUCCCCAAGAAGGUUGCCCCUUCCGCUACUGAUGCUGUAUGGAUAUAUAGUAUCUCCUAUGGAGGCGGCAUUGUCUCGGGAGAUAGGGUUUCAUGCGGGCUGAGUGUUGCAGACGAUUGUACUGUGGCAUUGACGACUCAGGCGUCUACCAAGGUGUACAAGUCCGUGGAUUCAAAGUGCUCAGAGCAAGCCCUGGAGGCUAGGGUUGGGAGGAAUGCAUUUUUGGCAGUCAUUCCAGACCCUGUGACAUGUUUCUCCACUGCCAGGUACUCUCAAAAGCAAGUGUUCUAUGUGUUCCCUGAUUCGAAUUUGGUUGUUGUUGACUGGAUUACCAGCGGUCGUCAUGAGAGCGGAGAAAGAUGGAAUUUUGAGCUCUAUAAGAGUACCAAUCACAUCUUUGGAGAAGGACACCAGCCUUUAUUUAUUGAUUCGAUUCUGCUGGAAGAAAGGUCUGGUACCAGCAUCUCGAAAAACAUGCAGGGUUACCAAGUCAUUGCAAUGAUCAUCAUCAUGGGGCCAAAGCUGAAGCAUGUUCAGAAUCAAGUUCUAGAUGAAGUGAAAAGAAUGAUGUCUGGACAUUUUCGCACUCCUGGCCCGGCUACAGGUAGAUCAGGAUUGAAGCAUGAGCCCAAAAAACCUGAAUUAGUUGCAUCUUGCAGUACAUUUGGUCCUAAGGUGCAGGUUGGUGUUGUAGUUAGGGUAGCAGCGAUGACAACUGAAUCAGUCUACAUGUUCUUACGGCAUCACCUAGCUAGUUUGGAACCCCUGCUUGGUGCGUCGCCUUACCGCUGAUGCCAUUGGUAACAAUCACAUUGUGUCACCAGAUGAUUGCAAAACUUGUUUUAAUCGCUCUUUACAAUUGGUAUCCAUAUGGAAGUCAUUCAGGCGAAUGGAAGUGAGUUCCACAUCACUUUUCUGCUUUCCAACUUGUAAUUGGUCAUCAGGUUAUAAUACCGAACUUGCCAAUUGUUUCGAAGUAUAACUCUGCUUUAUAUUUCCUUGAACAUGACUUGGUAUUUCAACUGAGAAACAGCACGAUAUGAAUUAUGAACAA